UCUACUCGUUCCCACUUCGACUCUCACCUCUCUUCUUCCCUUUUCGUUAUUCCACACGGUGUUCUACAUGGCGGGUCGGGGUAAGACUCUUGGGUCCGGAGCGGCAAAGAAGGCGACGUCGCGGAGCAGCAAGGCUGGGCUGCAGUUUCCAGUCGGUCGUAUCGCUCGAUUUCUCAAGGCCGGGAAGUAUGCCGAGCGUGUCGGAGCUGGGGCGCCGGUAUACCUCGCCGCCGUUCUUGAGUAUCUUGCAGCUGAGGUUCUUGAGCUAGCCGGAAACGCAGCCAGAGACAACAAGAAGACCAGAAUUGUCCCUCGCCACAUCCAGCUAGCUGUGAGGAACGAUGAGGAGCUGAGCAAGCUCCUAGGAGAUGUGACCAUUGCCAACGGAGGAGUGAUGCCCAACAUCCACAACCUCCUCCUGCCCAAGAAGUCAGGCACCUCCGGUUCCAAAGGUGGCGGUGAUGAUGACAGCUAGAUUUCCCCAAGAAUGGAGAGCAUAGCCUCUGUCAAUCUCCAACAAGAUUUAUCAUUGUACUUCUACUUUGUAGUACUAUGCAGGUUAGGGAUGAGUCUUUGUUUGUGCAAUUGUGUAGUUUUUGUUGGCGUUAGGGAUGGUAGUCCUUAGGGUUUCUUUAGUUAGGUAUGUGAAUACGAUCACCAUCUUCUUCUUGCUUAAUAGAAGAUUUGUGACAAUUAUAUCUUCUUUACAUCCAUUAAUGAAAUCAAUGCAAUAUUUUCACUUGGUAACUAGAUAUUAUCUCC